CUGCUACCGCCACGGCAGUUUUCUCUCAGCGGUUGAGCGAGAAACCACGCCAGCUGAGUUUGCUUCUCGAGCGUUCUGUGGCGGUUUUACUUUGCGUAGUGCUUAUUUCAUCCAAUAAAUUUCCUGGAGGAUUUCAUCUGAGUUCCACACUGGGUAUAUGAAUUAAUUUCUGAGAAACAGGAGUCAACCGCAAAAUCGAAAAAGAUGCCAAAUUAGCAUCGUGAAUAUAAAAUGGAGUUAUGGAUGGUGAGAAUCGUAUCAUAUUGAACGUUGGUGGUAUUCGUUAUGAGACCUACAAAGCAACAUUGAAGAAGAUACCUGCCACAAGGUUAUCCAGACUGACGGAGGCACUAGCUAACUACGAUCCCAUUCUCAAUGAAUACUUUUUUGAUAGACAUCCGGGAGUUUUUGCUCAAAUUCUGAACUAUUACAGAACCGGAAAAUUACAUUAUCCAACCAAUGUUUGUGGUCCUCUAUUCGAGGAGGAACUAGAAUUUUGGGGUUUAGAUUCGAAUCAGGUGGAACCUUGUUGUUGGAGUACUUACAGUGUUCAUAGGGAUACGCAGGCUACAUUAGCAAUCUUAGACAAACUUGAUAUAGAUGCAGCGAAACCUAGUGAUGAAGAGAUUGCCCGGAUGUUCGGCUAUGAAGAGGCCUACCACGCAGGCACCAUGUCCUAUUGGCAGCGACUCAAGCCAAAAAUCUGGGCUUUGUUCGACGAACCCUACUCCUCAAGUAGCGCGAAGGUACCACCGACCAACGUGCAUCAUAGAAAUAUAGUAGCAGGCGCUUCCGUAUUCUUCAUCUGCGUAUCAGUUCUAUCUUUCUGUGCCAAAACACAUGAUGGACUUAGAAUUGAGUGCCAAAGAAAGAGGAAGGCAGAAGGUGAGGUCCAUUGCACUGAACCGCAUCCAUUCUUCGAUGUGAUUGAGCACAUCUGCAAUGCUUGGUUCACAUUCGAACUGGCCAUUCGACUUAUCGUGGCACCAAAUUUAAUCGAAUUCAUAGAAUCUCCCGUCAAUUUAAUCGAUUUCGCAGCCACGUUGAUCUUCUACAUCGACAUGGCGUACAACUUCGAGACGAAAUCGGAACUGCUGGACUUUAUCAGUAUUAUAAGGAUCUUAAGACUGUUCAAGCUCACUAGACAUUCGCCUGGACUGAAGAUUUUGAUCCAUACAUUCAAGGCUUCAGCGAAGGAACUGGGGCUUCUGGUGUUCUUUUUGGUGCUCGGAAUUGUGGUCUUCGCCAGUCUGGUGUUUUACGCUGAAAAAUUGCAGCAUAAUCCAACCAACAAUUUCAAGAGUAUUCCAGAGGGUCUCUGGUGGGCCAUUGUAACAAUGACGACAGUGGGUUACGGAGAUAUGGCUCCAAAAACGUACGCAGGCAUGUUCGUUGGAGCUCUAUGUGCAUUAGCCGGAGUCCUGACCAUUGCCCUGCCAGUUCCAGUUAUAGUGUCGAAUUUUUCGAUGUUUUAUUCCCACACUCAGGCCCGAUCUAAACUCCCAAAGCAACGCAGACGAGUUUUGCCGGUAGAACAGCCGAGGAGAAAGAAAACUGAGAACAAUGUCAAUAGAAGGAUGAAUGCAAUAAAGCACCCUCCGCUGGCUUUUAAGGACAACUCACCGGCCAAUCGAAUCGGUAUUGGCUUUCAAGGUCCUUCAGUGCCGAGUAUAGCAGUCCUACACCACAAUGGACCAUAUAAUGGGCAUCAGAAUACGGACCAGCAGACUCUUGAAGCAGCUAACAACCCUCAAAUCCUUCCUAGACCAGCAGCGGCAGCUGAUACUGUCGAUUCCCUUCCCCUUCAACCCAAAUACCUCCCGUUGUACCAGCGGGAGUACCGCUCUGAGCCCAGAGAACUCACCCCCCUCUCCCAUUCCGCAGCGCCAAAUAACCAAAGAAAGAGUCUGGACAUCACCAAGUUCUCGGAGGAAGGUGGUUUGCUGUCUAGAAUGGUGCCAGAAUGUAGAAUCCCUUCGAUACCAGCCCUUGCUAUAAGCAGCUCCACAGAAGUCCUAGUCAGUAUCAUAGAGAACAGAAGCAGAAAAAACUCGUAUGUCUCCGUCAAUUCCAAGAGUAGCAAUGUGAUCAAGUCGCCGGAUUGUGAAUUCAAGUCGCCAAGCACGGAAUUCACUAACUCGUCCAUAAGAUCCACCCCAGAGGAGAGCGAUAUCGGUGUUAACUGUAUUUUCACCAGAAGAGACGAGUCAAACAAUUGUGAUACCACUGUAGAUUGCGUAGUCCGAGAUCUUGAUAAUUCAGAAGUUUAACUUCACCCUCUUCCAUGUUAUUUGUCCUACCUUUUUCUGUAUUAAAAAAUAUAUGUUUGA